CUGGUUUCUUCUCUGCGCCUGUAAAGAGGAUCAUUAUGGCUCACCUGGUGAUCUCGCUUCUCCUGCACGCGGGGCUCGUUUUGGGCUCAAACUACGGCUACGUGGAGUGGUCUGACAACGAUCGAGACGAGAAGCACCCACCAGUCUUCAGCACCCAAAACAUCAACAGGGAGCCGCCCCACCACCCGACAUACUACCACCCUGCACCGGCCACGGAGCGCACGGUAGUGGCACACAAAAUCGAGGAAGACCUGCCGCGUGUGGUGACUGCUUUCCUGCACACCGGGGACUCCUCCGCGCUCCGGCAGGUCAACUGUUCCCGGAGGUACGAGCUGAGCAGCCUGCGAGGCGGCCUGCACGUCGCCUCCCACUACUCCCUGCACAGCAUCCUGGACACCGUAGCGCACGCGACAAACUUCCUAAACAUGAUCCUGCAGGCCAACAGGUCCCGCGAGCAGACUCUGCGCAGGGACAUCCACUGGUACCACGCGCUGGUGCAGAGCAUCCUGGAGGGGGAUCCCAAAAUCCACAGAGCUGUGGUCACCUUCCACGAGGACGCGCCAACACCAGGACCACACAUUUUCCUCCAGGCGACCAGGACUGAGAAAGAAGUGGUGCUGCAGGAUUUAUCCAUCUCGGCGCACCGGCACCUGAAGAGCAGGAGCCCGGAGUCUGAGUGGUUCAACGAGUUCAGAGACGGCAGGAGAUCUCACAUGCACAGGAGACCUCCAGAUGUAGCAGGGAGCAGAAGUGGAAGUUACCUGCUGGAGAAGAAACAGAUCAAAUGGUCUGCCCCGUACCUGGAGUGUGAGCACGGGGCGUUCGUGCCUCACUGGCUGCUCACCUUGUCUGCUGGCUUCUAUGGACUGAGGGGGAACUCAGCCCCAGAGUUCAGGGGAGUCGUUCGUGUGGAUGUGAACCUGCAGGAUGUGGACAUCGAUCAGUGCUCCACCAGUGGCUGGUUUGCUGGGACUCACCGCUGUAAUCUCACCAGUAUGGAAUGCACCCCCAUCGUCGGCCAUGGCUUCGUGCUGGACAAGUACAAAUGUCAGUGCAGGAGAGGGUUCUACCAUCCCAGCAGAGUGACGCUCAAUGGCUUCAAAAGUAAAGAGUCGAGCUCAAACAGGGAAGAGACCUCUGACGUGUCCAAUAAGUGUCUGCCAUGUCGGGAAGGCUGUCCGUACUGCAGAGACGACACACCCUGUCUGAUUCAGGAGGACGGAGCUCUGCGGCUCGCCGUGGCCUCUUUCCAGGGUCUGUGCAUGGUGCUGGACCUCGCCAGUAUGGUGGUGGUCUACCACUUCAGGAGGAACAAGAGCAUCCGCACAUCUGGACUCAUUCUCCUGGAAGCCAUCUUGUUUGGAGCUCUACUGCUCUACUUUCCAGUGAUGAUCCUGUACUUCCAUCCAAGCGUGUUUCGUUGUAUUCUCCUGAGGUGGGUCCGCCUGCUGGGAUUCGCCAUCAUGUACGGCACCGUGGUCCUCAAACUCUACAGGGUGUUGAAGGUGUUCCUGUCCCGCACGGCUCAGAGGACGCCCUACAUGACGAGCUGGAGGGUGCUGCGGCUGCUCCUUGUGAUCCUACUGGUGGUGCUGUGGUUCCUGGUAGCCUGGACCUCCGCCGUGUGCCAGAACCCGGAGCUGAGCCGGGCUCUGAUUGGAGCAGGCCUUACCCCCGAGGGUCUGCAGUUCAGCAUGUGUCUGCUGGACCGCUGGGACUACAUGAUGGCUGUCGCGGAGUUCCUGUUCCUGCUGUGGGGUGUUUAUCUCUGCUACGCCGUCCGCACCGUACCCUCUGCUUUCCAUGAGCCACGCUACAUGGCAGUGGCCAUCUACAACGAGCUCCUGCUGUCAGCCAUCUUCCACAUCAUCAGGUUUUCACUGGUCCCUGGUCUUCACCCUGACUGGAUGCUCUUGUUGUUCUUCACUCACACUCACCUGACCGUCACUGUGACUUUGGGCCUGCUGCUCGUCCCGAAGUUCCUCUCCAAAGGGACUCAGGCCAGAGAUGAUAUUGCGACCGAGGCCUACGAGGAAGAGCUGGACAUGGGGAGAUCUGGCUCCUACCUCAACAACAGCAUCACCUCAGCCUGGAGUGAGCACAGCCUGGACCCUGAGGAUAUACGGGAUGAGUUGAAGAAGCUGUAUGCCCAGCUGGAAGUCUACAAACGUAAGAAGAUGCUCGUCAACAACCCUCACCUCCAGAAGAAACGCAACUCAAAGAAAGGUCUGGGUCGCUCACUGAUGAAGCGAAUAACAGAGAUCCCGGAGACGAUGCACCUGCACCGGCAAUGCAGUCGUGAGGAUGGAAGCGAACACGGCAGCAACCGCAGCACAUUAAGGAGAAACCCAUUUGAACCGAGUCACCAUGGUAAACCUUGUGAUGACUCCUUGAAGAAUAAAGUCAUGGGCUUGAAGAAGUCUCUGAGCUAUGACCACGUUUGUGACCAGGAUGAUGAAACUGGAAGCCAAACUGGCUCAACUGCAGGGGACAAGACGACUCCUGUAGGAGGAGGUGGAGAAGGAUCUCUCCUGGGUUCCCUGAUUGGACGGAAACAUACUAAAAAGCAGCUAGAACCAGCGACCCCACCGAGACUAGAACCAGCCGAGUCCACUGAGUCUGUUCCUCUGUUCUGGAAAUCUGCCAGCGUUCACAAUUUAACCCAUGAGAAGAAACCCGUCCACCUGAGGACCUCCAUUAUGCAGAAAUCUCUGAGUGUAAUUGCAAGUGCCAAGGAGAAGAUGCCGGGGUUGACCAACAAAACGCAAAGCGUGGAGGACGCCAGUAAGAGGGGUCUGAAGGGUCCCGGGGAGAGUAUGCUGUCGGAGGUGGACGAGACACCUGAGCAUUACCCAAAGAUGAUCAUCAGCCAAUCAGUGGAGUACUCCAAGACACCUAUGAAGAUGGGCAUCAUGAAACAACAGGUGAGCGGCAGCCAGCCCUCCAUUUGCUCUGAGACUGGCAGAAACCUCUACGAUGUCUCUGAAGUUUGUUCCUGGGAGAUGGAUGAACCUCAGACCCCUUCAGAAGUGAAGACCCAGAAACACGUGUCUAUUGCUCCUGUAGAGACCACCUCAGGCCGGAGAGGAAGCAGCAGCUCUGGGAUCUCCAAAGGCAGCCGAUCCCAGCAGAGGCAGAAAGCAGGCCAGUCCCCUUCUAACAGACGCCGCUCCAAAGAUAAAGGAGGAGAACGGGACGAGAGCAGGGAAGGCAGGAAAGCCCGUCCACCCAGGUCGCCACUUCCUCUGAAACCAGACGUCUGUCCAUGGGAGUUUGACGAGCAGCCCAUGCUGGGAGAUUUAGAUUCCAUCUCCCCAGACAGGAUUAGGCGUAAGAAAAGCGUGACACCCACAGAUGGGAAGCCAAAGGGGCUCCACUCAGACCACUCCAAGUCCACAGGGAGCCUUUUGCAGCCUCCUUCUCUGAUGGUUGAGAUCUGCCCGUGGGAUUACACCGCUCCACCUUCACCUAAGCAGGAAAAGUCCUGCAACAGCCCGACCACACACAAGAAAAAACGGAAAGGCUCCUGCUCGUCCAACCACAAAACCGAGAAGGAUAAAGGGAAGGAAAAGAGCAGAGAAAGGCGAAGCUCCUCCAGCAAACCGCAGUCAGAAAGGAGACGAGUGAGCCAGUCAUCAGAGUGCAGCGUUGCUGCUUCUGAGCAGCGGCGGAGGAGCUCAACCAGAGACCCAGAAGCGAUGGAGAUCAGGAGAGCGGAGGUUUACUCCCGGGAGACAGAUCCCUCUCACACCAGCUUUGCUCAGACUAAAAAAUCACCAGAGAAGAAGAAAGAGAGCUCUUUGAGUACUAGUUAUAAACCUGCUGUCAGCAGCGGAGGCAACAUGGCUGAUGUUUGCCCCUGGGACUUUCAGGAGCAGGACUCUGGAGGGAGGGCAUGA